GAAGUUCUCUCAGCGCCACUUUACAUGAGCACUUCAACAUGCUGGCAACAAAGUCCUUCUCUGAUCUGGACCUGUUGUGUCCUCAGUGCUCCGACAUCUACUGCCUUCCUGUCAUUUUAAUAUGCGGCCACAAUGUUUGCAGAGUUUGCUUGUACAAAUUCUGGGAAGUGAGAAGAUGUAGAAACUGCCCGGUGUGCGGCACAGAGUCCUCCUCUGGGAUGCCGCCCAUCAAUUUGGACCUGCAGAGUGCUGUGAAGGGUUUUCAAGAAAGAAUUGUCGCCGAGGACCCGGAGAAAUGUAGUCUUCACCACGAGAAGCUGAAGAUUUUUUGUAGCAAAGAUGAAGAGCCCAUCUGUCUUGUCUGCCAAAUAUCACAGCAGCAUAAAAUUCACAAGUGCUGCCCUGUGGAGGAGGCAUCUCUAAUAAAAAAGGCUGAAAUGGCAGACUUGUUGGAUGGCCUGAAAAGGAAGGUCAAAAUAAUGACGAAGACGUUGCUGCAAUGGGAGGAAACAAAAACAUAUUUAAAGACCCAAAGCUCCCAGAUAGAGACGGCAAUCAAAGAGGAGUUUAAGAAGCUUCACCAGUUCCUCUUUGAUGAAGAAAACUCCAGACUGAGGGUCCUCAAACAAGAAGAAGAAACAAAGACCCAGAUCAUGAGCCACAAGAUUAAAACCAUAGAAGAACACAUAAAGUACCUCUCCUCCACCAUCAGUGACAUGGACAAAGUCCUCCUGGAAAAGGAUUUACCGUUCUUAAAGGCCUACAAGGAGACAAAGAAAAAGACCAAAUCCAGCAUUCCAGAGCCAGAGUGCGUCAGAAACAUUCUGCUCAAUUCUUCAAAACAUCUGGGAUUACUGGACUAUGAAGUUUGGCAUAAGAUGAUGAACAUUGUCAAAUACACUCCGGUCAUUCUGGAUCCGAACACGGCUCAUGCGAACCUGAAGCUGCUCCAAGGGUUGACCGGCGUGCGGUACAGCAACAAGCUGUGUCUACCUGAUAACCCCGAACGCUGCACCAGCCGGAUGUGUGUGCUGGGAGCCAACGGCUUUACAUCUGGAAAGCACAGCUGGACGGUAGACGUAGGCCAGGGUAAAGACUGGUACAUCGGAGUGGCCCGGGAUUCCAUCAAAAGAAAGAGCACGGUUUUCUACAGCCCCGCCGACGGUUUCUGGGUGAUCGGCUACUGCAGCAAAGACUCGGUCUGGGCUCAGACUUCGCCUCGAGCCAGGGUCAGUGUGAGGAAGAAUCUCGAGAAGAUCACCGUCGAGCUGGACUGCGACAAGGGAAAGGUAGUCUUCAUCAACGAUGCAGAUUCCUCUGUGAUCCACACGUUCAAGGAGAAAUUCUCAGAGACGAUCUUCCCCUACAUUUCUGUUGGACUGUGCGACAACUGGAAAAACGCCAGCCCACUCAAAAUCUGCCCACUGACAUUAAAAGUGAACAAAGAAUAA